AUGCCACGGCAGAAUGCGCAAAAUGGUUUGCAUGGUGGACCGAUUGCCACAUUAAUGGACAUCGGAGGGUCGUUAGCGAUCGCGUCUAAAGGUCUUAACUCGACAGGCGUGAGCACAGAUCUCAAUGUUAGCUAUAUAAGUGGAGCAACGUUGAAUGAUGUUUUAAAAAUUGAAGGAAAUUGCGAAAAGUUAGGAAAAACACUUGCGUACACCUCAAUCGAUAUAUAUAAUAAAGAAACUGGUAAGAUAAUUGCAAAAGGUCGACAUACCAAAUACGUUACCCUUGCACAUUUAGAUCCAAAAAAUAUAUUAAAAUUGUGA